AUGGCUGCGGCACAAACUAGCGGCGACGGCAGCAGGAGCGAUGGUCGUAUGGCUCCUCAUUUGCAAGCGUCGACCGAGACAAGUGACAUCCUUGAACAGCAUCAUCCCCAACAGCAACCGCACACUCGGGCAAAAGCGUCGAAAUUGAUCGCAUUUUGUCAGCAGCUGACACUUCGAAGGCUUUUUCAUCUGAUCGGCUUCAGCAUCGGAACUUAUCCUCUCGCGUAUCUGAUUGCUGCCAUAAUAAUAGCCAGUUCGUCUGGUGGUAUAUAUUUUCUGAAGUUAGAAGAUCGGGUGCGUGACGGUUAUACACCGGCCACAUCACCGUCACGCUAUGAGACCGACGUUCUCAGGGAAUUCUUACAUUUACAAUACACUCCGAGGCAGACAGAAGCAUGGAUUGUAGGUGAUCCAACGUUGACAACGGUGGCUUUACGAUCACGCGAUGGCGGUUCUAUGCAUAGAUUACGGCAACUUGAAGAAGCUGUCCGACUGCAUACUUUUCUUAUGUACAAUCUCACUGUGGUUGUACCGCGUGCCUUAUUAGAUGAAUUGGAACGUGAUAGAAUCGGAAAAAACAGAACGCAACUAAUGAAUCUCAGCUAUCCGAUCGCUAAAAUUGGUGGAUUUGAUAUUCAUAUGGAGAGAAAUUUUUAUGGAGUUCAAUUGCGAAAUAAUAACGAUCGUUCAUCGAAUUUGCUAAGAAAUGAUUCAUUUAUAAAAAAUGAUGACAGUGAAGUGAUUCGUUUGUCGAAAGUGACCGAUAUAGAACACGUUCAUGUGAUUUUGAUGAUCUUCCGAGGCGACAUUCCAUCGGAAGAGAUGGAAGCCAAGUUGAAUGCGUGGGAGGUGGCUGUUUACAACUUCGCAACAAUCAACUACACCAAUCCAGACGUGGAAAUGUUGGUGCUCGGUGCAGAAAUCGUUAAUCAUGAGCUGAUUAGAGACUCACAAAAGAUGACGCCUUAUUUUGCCGCAGGAUUUGUUUCGAUGUUUAUCUUUGUGGCAGUUACUGUUGUUGGUAGUGCACUUUAUAACGGUGUAAUGGAUGCAGCCAAGUUGUUCGUCGCAUUCGGUGCGAGCAUAUGUCCAGUUCUUGCGAUAACGUCCACAUUCGGUAUUUGCGCAAUCGCAAGUCUUCGAACGAACACAAUUAUGCUGAUCAUGCCGUUUCUCAUCAUGGGCAUUGGUGUAAACGAUGCAUUUUUGAUGAUUCAUUCAUGGCAGCGAUUGUCAAGUGAUCGUAUCGUGAAUGAAAGGCUAGGUCUUGUGCUCGAAGAGGUAGGACCAUCAAUUACGAUUACAACAUUAACAAACGUUAUAACAUUCGCUAUUGGUGCACUUACGCCAACGCCAGAAAUUUCAUUGUUUUGUUUGGCGACUGCAAUGGCGCUCGGUCUUGCAUACAUUUAUUCACUCGUUUUGUUUGGUCCGAUUCUCUAUCUGGCGACAAUUUUUGAAGGGAAACGAAAAAAAAGUGAAACACGAACGACGAUCAAGGCUUGGAUUCGACGAGUAUUGAAAAUGUAUACUUGGAUCAUAUCUCAAAAGGUGUUUAGCAUUGUAUUACUGCUAGGAACAUUGGUUUAUUGGUAUUUUGGCAUAAUGGGUACAUUAAAUAUAAAAACUCGUCUUGAUGUCGAGCGACUUUUACCAAGAAAUUCACCUCUUCAAGAAGCGAACAGCAUUGUCUCGAAUCUCGUGUGGACUGAAUAUUAUCCGGUUACAAUUCUCAUCAACAAUGCAUUCGAUAUACGUGAUAAAUAUACAAUGGAUAUGUUUGAUGCAAUGAUGCAUGACUUUGAGUCGAUGAGCAAAUGUAAAGGACAACAAUUCACACUAUUAUGGUUACGAGAUUAUAAGAAAUAUUGGAAAGCAGCAUCCUUAUAUGACUUCGAUUUCUAUGACGACGAUGAUAUUGUGAAGAACGCGAGCGUAGCAGCUGUGACAGAUCCUCUAAAAACAGAUUUUGAUUAUAGUCGGUUAAAUGAAUUCCUUUUAUCACCUCUUUACAAACAUUGGGCCUCAUUUAUGCGUCUCAGGAACAACACCGAGUUGAAAAUCGAAAAGUUUUGGCUUACUGUAGCGUAUCAUAAUGCGACAUCGUGGAAUGAUCGUAUCCAGUUAAUGCAACAGUGGCGUGUUAUUGUUCAAUCAUAUAAACAUUUGAAUGCAACUGUUUGGGAGGCAAACUCAAUGUUUGUUGAUCAAAUGCUAUCGCUUAAAACACUCACACUGCAGACAGCUGUUUGGACGUUGAUUUGUAUGACAGCUGUAUGCGCACUCUUCAUACAGAAUCCAUUCAGCGUUCUGGUUGCUUCGAUGGCGAUAGCUUCGAUAAGUCUUGGUGUUAUCGGAUAUCUAUCGUGGUGGCAUCUCGACCUUGAUCCAGCUACACUGUGCGCUAUUCUUAUGUCAAUUGGAAUGUCCGUUGAUUUCACGGCUCACGUUUCAUACCAUUAUCAAUUACGAAAGAUGAAGCAGUAUCGCGAUAAUCGAAUCGUUAAAGUGCCAUUAAAGAACAGUCGUGAAAAGCUGGAAUAUACCCUGGAAAGUGUCGCGUGGCCAAUGAUGCAAGCUGGCCUCAGCACAGUCACCUGUGUUCUUCCGCUCAUCUUUCUGCAGAAUUACAUCCCGUUGGUAUUCGUCAAAACGAUAUCAUUGGUGGUUAUUUGGGGUCUGUUCCAUGGUUUGGUGUUGUUACCAGUGUUACUCAGUUCACUGCCACAAUCGCUAAUCGAGGUUAACUGCUAUCGAAUAAUGUUCCCACAAAAGCGUUUAUCAGCACCACCAAUCAGUACCUCUCCAUUGCAACAAGUCGACAACAACUCUGAAGUAUCUCUUGAUUUUGAUGAUGAACACGAGUGUACGGCAAAUGCGGCUGCGGCUGAAUCCCUUCUGCUGCAUCAUCAUGCCUCUAAAGGUGACACUUUAUGA